CGAGUUGACUUGUUCCUGCCAUGGAACCAGAGGAGAACGGGCUCCGACUAAAGCCAGUGUUUCUGACAGUUAGAGGCUAAGCUAAUGUAGCUAGCUGGUCCUCAUUAACGGCGGGUUGAUGCAGUGAAGUCCAGCAGUCAGGCGGCGGAGCAUAUCACACAUUGUCCCAUGGAUAUUGUGCUUUUAUAACUUAUAUUUUGUUCUACACGUAUCGGCAAGAGUUGUCUGUCAAAGGCAACAACAUCUCCAUUUAAAAAAAGACGGUAGAAAGUGGAGAUAAACGGACGUUUACAGUGAAGCUACAUCGGCAACGGAUGUCCUAAGAGAACGGAUGCGUGAGGACAUGUCCACCAUGGUGUGUGUGAAGGAGGAGGAGGACCCUGGGGAGAAGCUGUCCCAGGAUGAGAUCAUCUCCCGGACCAAGCAGGUGAUCCAGGGCCUGGAGGCCCUGAAGCAGGAGCACCACUCCAUCCUGGACGGCCUGCUGGGCACGCUGCGCUGCCUGAAGCAGGACGAGGAGGGCGUCUUGGUGGAGGAGAAGUCCCACAUGAUCCGCAAGUCCCUGGAGAUGCUGGAGCUCGGGCUGAGCGAGGCACAGGUGAUGAUGGCUCUGUCGAGCCAUCUGAGCUCGGUGGAGUCGGAGAAACAGAAGCUCCGGGCUCAGGUACGCCGGCUCUGCCAGGAGAACCAGUGGCUGAGAGAUGAGCUGGCCGGGACGCAGCAGAAGCUGCAGAAGAGCGAGCAGAGCGUCGCCCAGCUGGAGGAGGAGAAGAAGCACCUGGAGUUCAUGAACCAGCUGAAGAAGUACGACGAGGACUUGUCCCCAUCUGAGGAGAAGGACUCUGAUUCCAGUAAAGAAACUCUGGACGAUCUCUUCCCAGAUGACCAGGACGACCAACCCCCCGGCAUCCAGCCAAUUCACGGCAGUGCUGCGGCAGCGGCCGCCCAGCAGGGAGGCUACGAGAUCCCGGCCCGUCUGAGGACCCUCCACAACCUGGUGAUCCAGUACGCCUCCCAGGGCAGGUACGAGGUGGCUGUGCCCCUCUGCAAACAGGCCCUGGAAGACCUGGAGAAGACGUCUGGACACGACCACCCAGACGUGGCCACCAUGCUCAACAUCCUCGCCCUUGUUUACAGGGAUCAGAACAAAUACAAGGAGGCAGCCAACCUGCUGAAUGAUGCUUUGGCCAUCAGGGAGAAGACUCUCGGCAGAGACCAUCCAGCUGUCGCUGCAACCCUCAAUAACCUGGCCGUGCUGUAUGGGAAGAGGGGAAAGUACAAGGAAGCAGAGCCUCUGUGCAAGAGAGCGCUGGAGAUUAGAGAAAAGGUGCUGGGGAAGGACCACCCAGAUGUGGCCAAGCAGCUGAACAACCUGGCCCUGCUGUGUCAGAACCAGGGCAAGUACGAGGAGGUGGAGUACUACUACAUGAGAGCGCUGGAGAUCUACCAGACCAAACUGGGCCCCGACGACCCCAACGUGGCCAAAACCAAGAACAACCUGGCGUCCUGUUACCUGAAACAGGGCAAGUUCAAGCAGGCUGAAACGCUGUACAAAGAAAUCCUCACCCGCGCUCACGAGAGGGAGUUCGGCUCCGUUGACGAUGAGAACAAGCCAAUAUGGAUGCAUGCUGAGGAGAGAGAGGAACAAAGCAAGGGAAAGCAGAAGGACGGCUCACCAUUUGGAGAAUAUGGAGGCUGGUACAAAGCCUGCAAAGUCGACAGCCCCACGGUGACCACCACCCUGAAGAACCUCGGCGCCCUCUACAGGCGGCAGGGCAAGUUCGAGGCAGCCGAGACUCUGGAGGAAGCUGCCAUGCGUUCCAGAAAGCAGGGUCUGGACACUGUGCACAAGCAGCGCGUGGCGGAGGUCCUGAGCGAGCCGGAGGCCCGCGAGAAGCAGCGGAGCCGCGAGAGCCUGACCUCCGACACGGUGAAGUACGAGAGCGGGCCGGACGGUGGCGAGGAAGUGAGUAUGAGCGUGGAGUGGAACGGGGACGGCUCCGGCUCUCUGAAGAGGAGCGGCUCCUUCAGUAAACUGCGAGCGUCGAUCCGUCGCAGCAGCGAGAAACUAGUCCGCAAGCUGAAAGGCGGCGGCUCGUCCCGAGACAGCGAGCCCAAAAACCCCGGCAUGAAGCGAGCCAGCUCUCUGGGGGUUCUUAACGUGGCGGACAAGGCUGCCAGUGACCACUACCAAGAACGAAAUAAUCGUCUGAGAAAAAGUCGCGACCUGAGUGCCAGCCACACCGACCUGGCGCAUUGAAGGUUAUUUAUUUGACCCUGGAGAGAGGUCAAGGACGGAGCCUGUGAGGUCACUUCCUGUCCUCAACCCCGGUCCAGACCCUCCUCUCCUCACUGCAGCGUCACACCACCAAGUGCUCACUGUACAGGUCUCGAUGUUUCUUUGCACUUUCUGAAGGUUUGUGGUGUUUAGUUUCUUUAAUCGAUCACGUCGAGGAACGAGAGGAAGAAGAACAUGCAGUGACCUGCUGUGUGUUUUUAGUGUGUAUAUCUUUUACGUGUAUGUGCGUGUACUGUAUGUGCUGUUUAAGUGUGUGCUGGUGUGAGUGAUUCAGUCCUUUUUUAAUAUUUAAUGCUGUCGCUUGAAUGCAGCUUUAGUUUUACAAACAUUUCUCUCAUAACUCGUUGGUUCAGUUAAAUCGUAUUAACGGGUGAAGCCAAAGAUGAGCUCAGUUGUUUGAGUUAAGUGACGUCACACUGACGGAUGAAACCUGCUACAAACCCCAAGUUAAAGAAUCCAAUUUCACUUCUGCAGCUGCCCUUAUAAAGUACGUUGUACUGUUGCAUGCAGUAUGCACACAUGUGGGAUAUACUACUUCAUCAUAUCAUUGGCCACAUUCUUUUCGCACACAUUGAAGGCCUGCCAUCUCAACUGAUAUCAUCUGCAUAAGCGGGAGUGUGUACUCAUUUGCAUGCAAACGGCGUCAUAAUAAAGUGCGACAACGGGCAACAAAAUGUUGAAAGCCUAUAUAUAAGCCUAUAGAUAUAGAUAUAUUAUGAGUGCGUCAAACAUUGUUGGCAAUCUGGUUUGCCUGGAAUACGCCAAGGAAUAGACCUAAGCUGUGUCUCAAUUAGGAUACUUCCGUUAGUACACUUCCAUGUAGUACACUGUGCACACUAUGUACUUAUUUGCGUAGUGCGUGAAAUUCAACAGGGUAUAGUGUUGUCUCAAAUUACACGCGGCUGUUGUGUCCUCACUGGAAGCUUGGUAGUCAGCCACCAACAUCACGCCGUAUCGGCAGUAAUUCAAUUCAGACUGAUAAAGUAACCCAAUAAUGACUUCUGUCCGACUACAAUAUAGUGGUGUAGAGUUUCUAGAAAUUUGGUUAAUUUUGCAUAACAUUUGGAUGAAAACCUGGCUGUAUGUUAGUUGAUCAGAGAGUCACAUUAUUCCUCUUCUCCGUGUUUAUAAUUGGAGAGCGUUCUGUGCUCCUAUUGGUCAACAUCACUCAACACGUCGUAGAAGUUUUUAAACUCGGCAAGAAAAGACGUAAAAUGUUUGUCUUUUUGUUGGGACAUCAACAUCUUCCACUGUGAUACUCAAAAUAACCCCAAAAUACAGCACUCUGUAGUCUACUUGCAUCAAUUUAUUAAUGAGGUUUUGGUCCGUAGACCUUCAUCAAGUAAAAUUUAUUUUGUCAAGUUUUUAAGUUUUCAAAUUUUAAAUGAAAAAGAAAAAGAAAGUUAAGUUUCAAAGUCGCGGUCUAAUCGAGCUUCAGAACAUAAAUACUGAACUCAUUAAUGAAUGAAUGAGGAGACUAAAUCCUUCCAGGUCAUUUUUAAUUGAUAUUUGUACUCAUUUACUUUGGCUUCACCCACUGAGCUUUACCUGGAGCAACGAGAGACUCUCAGAAAAUGUUUUUAACGACUAAAACUGCAGCGACUCUGCAGAGAACUCGUCCAGCAAUGACGUCUCUUCGUAGGCCGACCCGGACGUUAGCUUCGCUCUGCGCUCGAUCUGCAGAUUUCCAAUGGAAGUUCUGAACUGGGUUAAUUAAGAAAAUAAGAUCUGUAGCUAAGAAAUAUUUAUGAUAUUCACACGAGAAGAUCCUCACUAAUGAACAGACAAUAUUUAGAGACCUUAUUUUCUGCAUUAAUUAACCCUUUAAGACAGUUGGAAACCUGUGGAGGAAACCUUCAUCUCUUUAAGAAUCUCCUAAAAUGUUCCGUCCUGUGUUGAUUGAAGAUUUUGCUUUUGCUGUAUGAAGUUCUAUGUUUACAUUUGGGUUGUUGUUUUUUGUAAAUGAUGUUUUAUUCGUUUCUGCUCUGAAUAGUUUAUCUUUAUAUCUUCCUGUUAUGUCUUCCUAAACGUUGAGGUUGAGCUCCGAAACACGGAGGCAGGACGACGUCAUUUUAUUGGCACAUGAAGGCCGACCGACGCUCUCUCAGGGUCGAGGCUUUAGUUUCACACACUGACUGCAGAGUUAAAGCCACUCCACACUCUUAACACAUUAAACGGAGAAAUGUUACAGCGUUUAGUUUUACUUCCUGUUAUGUUGGUGUUUAUUCAAAGACAACACUUUACCACAAAGUCGAACAAAUCCAACCAAAAAAAGAGCAAAUUAUGAAUUAUUUAAGAAUACUUAUUAUCAUGCAAGAGUUAUUCCAGAGAUUUAAGUUGCAAAAUAUAUAUUUGCUAUUACCAAAAUAAGUGGGAGUAUUCCUCCUAUAGCUAGUUAUAACUAUAUAUAUAUAGUUUAACAAAUGUAUAUCACUGUAUACCAGCGAUUCACUUUGAAAUCCAAAGUGUUAUUUAAAACGACUCGCCUAAUAAGAAGGAUGAAAACAUGUUUCCACUCUCCUAAAAAUCAUCAUUACAGCAGCUGGAAGUUGAUUCUGCAUCACAUAAACAAGACUACAAACAUAAACCAGCUGUGCAAAACUCCAAAAAUAGUCAAUUUACUUUCAUAUAAGUUGAAAAAAAGAUGCAAAUCCUCACAACAGAAAAGCUGAAAACAUACUUUGCAUUCUUUAUUGUACCGACGUACUCAAAUCAGAUCUGGUGACUGAUGCAUUUACUGCAUUAAAGGUUGUUUGUGUUUAUGUUAUAAGAGAGAACAUGAACUUUUAGUUGUUUUUUUGCAGGGCUGUGCAAUAAGCUUUUGUUUGACUUUCUGAUUCUGAUUUGAUGAAAAUUAAUUAAAAUAUAAAUCCUGUAUUAAAAGAACAAAGAUGAAGCCCUGAAAUGUAAAUAAAAAAAGAUGAAUAGAUUUGAUAACUUGAAUAAUAUCCGUGGUAAUUUUUCCUUCUGCAAUAAUUUAAUCAAAGUGAUAAAGUUUUUUAAAUGUUAAAUUUUCUGAAUGAGGUUCUUAUUUCUUUUUUUGUUUCAUAAUAACGAUGAUUUAAAUGACGCUGUUUGACGUUACAGAGUCGAGUGUGUUGAAGCUUCUUGUCGACUGUUGAUCGGUCUUUUUUAAUCCUUGUUGUCUUUCUGUUCGAGGCUCCACAAAGUAACGAGGCACAUAACUUUACUUUACUAAUGAAUUGGGCAACAAUUUGGGCAACUUUAGAUAGGCAACACCUUCAGCAACCGGCAACAAAUGUGUUGUUCACAAUAGAUACAAACAGGUGAUUCGAUUUUACGUUGUGAAUGUAAGAAUAAAUGUAAAGUUGUUUUAUAUGGAAGCAAAGAAAAGCCAAAAUCAUUUAAAUGUGAAAUCUAACAACUGUUUAAAGACCACUGAAUUUAAAGUCAGAAUCUGAAUUUAUGUAGUUUGAAUUUUUUAGAUCUUUUAAAUUUUGCAAUUUCAAUUAUCAAAUUGCUUUUUUUUGGAUGAUAUGACUGAGAACAUAACCUGACGUUGAAUGUAGCCUGGUCGUUAAAGUUUUAAUCUAUCAUCUUUAAUUUUGGUCUUUUUUUUGUCUUGACUUUGGUUUUAAAAUCAGAAAAAAUUACAAACUGAAUUUAAGCAACUUGAAUAUAGUUUUUAAUUAAUAUUUGUACUCAAUUUUCUAUCUGAAUUUGUGAGUAAAAUAAUGUUUUUAAAGUUGCACAACUUGAAAUUACUCUCUGGAAAUUCCACAUAAAAACCACAUAACUUGAUAUAGAUGGUUGUAAAGACAAUAAAAUUAAAUAAAUAAAACGUAUUUAAAUGCUAUAAAUUCAGUGCUAUUUUAAUUUCCACAAUAAAUAAAUAAAUAAAUAAUUACUAUAUUUCAUAAUUAUAGAUUUAAUUGCUUUUAAGAUUCAAAUUCUUUUGGCAUUUUUUUUUUUUUGCUUCCGUAGUUUUAUUUAUUUGAUGCAAGUUACUGUCCAGGGUUAAAAAAAAUCCAUAUAAAGAGGAAAAUAGGCACAUUUUCUACAUUUUAUUAAUGAUUUAAAAGUAUUUUACAAUUUAAUUUGCUCUCAGAAAGACGCUUGUAGUUGUUAAAAAUGAUCAAAUUCAUCGUCUGGUCAAAGUCUUUUUCUUCUUUAAUAUUUCUUGGGGCGUAUAUACUGUACUGUACUUUCUCUCUCUAUAUAUAUAGGUAUAUAUACUUAUUGGCAGCAACAUUUUUCUUGUGUGAGCAAAUAACAUUGAGGCAUAAUGUUGCCCAACGUUGAGUCAAAGUUGCUCAAACUGUUGCCCCGUUGCAGAGAACUUAAAAUUCGUCCUGACACUAUAAUCAGUUUUCAAUAAAAAAAAAAAAAGAUUAUUUCUGAGUGAUUAUGAUGACGUGAAUGUAAAUUUAUGGAAGCGCAGGCAACAAUGAAAAGUUUUAGUUGACUUAAUGUGUGUGUUUCUGUUAAAGCAGUGAAGGUUUAAAGUCUCUCAGUCCGUCCUUUUGUUUCUUCUUGUUGAUUAUAUUUGUGUUAUUUCUCCUCCCUGUCUGUGGACCGUGUUGUUGUUGUUGUGUGGAGCCGAGACGUGGACGGUUAGAUUAAGUCUCAGGUUUUAUAUCUAUUUAUUUAAAUUAAACAGUAACACAUAAUCUUUAUCGCCCUCCAUCAGGAAGUCUGCAGAAAUUGCAUCAAUUAAAUUAUUAAAUAAUUGAAUUAAUUGAAUUAGAAUAAUUAUAUUUAAUUUAAUAUUUCAAGUAAUUUAUGCUGCAAUAAUAAUAAUGUUUUUAUCAGUUGCUUCUUUGGACUGAUAACAAAGAAUGUGGACGGAUAUUUUACGUCCAUAAACAAUGGAAAGUGCAGAAAGUUUUGGAAAAUGUGACAAAAUGAGCAGGAGGUAAAGUAAUUACUAUUGAUUAUUUUCUUUAUUGAUUAAUCUGCUGAGUAUUUUUUUGAAUUAUUAAUUUUUUUUGUCAAAUAAAAUGUUAGAAAUUAGUGAUUUUACAGAGAUUAUGUUACAGAAAAAAGCAUAAAAUCCUCAUGUUGGAGCAGCUAGAACUAGUAAAUAUUUGGUAUUUCUCCUUUAAAACAACAACUUUCAUGAUUAAUAGAUUAACAAAAUAGCUGCUGACUACUUGCUGACUAAUUGUCUGCAGAUCUAGAAGUAAUAAUUCAUUAAUUAGUCAUUGGUUCUGAUCAACAAGACUAUCUACCCCCAUCAUAUAUUAUAUUCUGGUCUCUUCAUGCCACAGCCUCUCUUAUUACAACCUUUAAACAACAUUUUGUUUGAAUUAGUUAACAAACAUGUUUUAUGUGUCUGUUUAUCAGCAGCUUCAUUCAAGUGUAAUGAGCAGACGUCAUGCACACAUUUUAAUCUCACUCUUCUGGACAUUAACUUGAAUUUAGAAGCAAAAAAAAAACAACGUGUUUGAUUCACAAAACAAGUUCAGGAAAUAGUCAGCACCCUGAUGGUUUAAAAACAAACAGAAGACUUCAUACCUUCAUCUUUUAUGUGCUUUUUGUCUCUUAACUAAUGAACUGAUGAAAGUUAGAAGUUUUGUCAGUCAACUGGUUGAGAAUAAAAAUUCAUAAUCAUUUUAUUAUAUUAUAUUUUUAACCACUAUAAACCAGUGCAUCCCUUUUCCUGAAUCUGUUCUGAGGGAAACAAACAUCUUAAUCUUAAAGUUAAACAAAGUUAUUAGAGAAUAUUUGUUCUGUCUCGACAGAAAAACAAACAAACAAACACUCAGGAGGUUUUUAAAAGAAUUGUCAGGUUUCCUCCUCCGUCCUCUGAGCUGGAGAUGGAGAUCAGUUUCCCCCCCUGAGAUCACAUAAUAGACCCACCUUUAACCAGCCUGGUUACCAUGACAACAUAUCGGAUGCUGCACUUCCUAACGCACCGCUCCACAUCUCAGAGGCUCCACACAGCGACAUCCAGUCUCCUAAAUCUACAUUUUUACGGGCACAAUAAUGAAAUAACAGAUUGAAUGUCAAGUUGUCCUCCAUUGUUUUUGUUUUUGAGUGUAAGAUGAACUUAUUCUGUGCUUCCUGUGAGGCAGCGUUGUAUCCCUCCGUGUUAAAUAUAAAUAUAAAGCGUCCUCUCGUCUGUAUAUCUACAGAAAAUGUUCCUGGAUGAAACUGGCAUUCAUGAUACUACUCGUGUCCUCGCAGACAUGUAGUUCUUUUAUUAUUGUGUUGACAGUACAUUCCUCAUAUUACGGUGUUAUUACAGAGUAAUAAUAACAAUAAUAAUACAACAAUAAUUACUCUCUAACUUCACUGUGAUUUGUGGGGAUGUUUGUCUGCAAACUGAUGCUCUUCUACGCACCCUCUGUAUUGGAAUAAAACGGUCAAAUUCA